GAUAACGGUUACACAGGGUGAAGACACUACGCACAGGAGAAUGGGCAGCUACAGAAUCGCCACCAGAUGGAGUACCCGGCGUAUUUGAUUGGUUGCUGCUUGCCGCGCUGUGCAUUUUGAUUGGAUACAAGUUAGAACGUAUCAUCGUCAAUUAUACAAGAGAUGUCGACCAAAAGGGAAAGAAGCGUUUCUGAUUGGUUACCAAUGGGCUGCUUCCAACCCAUUGGUCUGUGGGUCCAGGCGGCCUCUGCUUGGUGUGCUGUUCAGAGUGAACGAGAAACCACUACUAUCCUGACGUAAGGGGGCUAAGACCAUGGGAACAGAGACAGGUGAGGAGGGGCCACCCAGUUUGGAGUACAUUCAGGCUAAGGAUUUAUUCCCACGGAAAGAGCUGGUGAAAGAAGACGACGACCUGCAGGUGCCUUUUCCAGUCCUCCAAGGGGAAGGUGUGGAAUACCUGGGCCGUGCAGAUGAUGCUGUGAUCGCUAUCUCUAAUUACAGACUCCAUAUUAAAUACAAAGAUUCUUUAAUCAAUACGUUUCUGCAGGGUGUGGACAGUGACAUCUCAGUGCCUAUACGACUUAUUGAAGCUGUUGAGAGUCGGGACAUGUUUCAACUUCACAUUGUAUGCAAAGAUUCCAAGGUUGUCAGGUGUCAUUUUUCUACAUUUAAACAAUGUCAGGAAUGGCUGAAGAGAUUAAAUAAAGUGAUUGCCCAGCCAACAAGACUGGAGGAUUUGUUUGCCUUCGCAUAUCAUGCUUGGUGUCUGGGAAUCUGUGCUGAUGAGGAAGAUCAGCAUGUGCACCUCUGUCAUCCUGGAGAUCACGUUUGUCACCGCUUCGAAAUGGAAGUGGAAAGAAUGCGUUUUGAUCUGCAAAAUGUCUGGAGAGUCAGUGAGGUCAACAGCAAUUACAAGUUGUGUGCUAGUUACCCCCAAAAACUGCUAGUUCCAGUGUGGAUCACGGAUAAAGAAUUGGAAAGUGUAGGGACCUUCAGAUCUUGGAAAAGGAUUCCUGUAGUCGUUUACAGGCACCUGCGGAAUGGUGCUGUGAUAUCACGUUGCAGUCAGCCCGAAAUCAGUUGGUGGGGCUGGAGAAACGCGGACGAUGAAUAUUUGGUGACAUCCAUUGCUAAAGCCUGCAUUUUAGACCGAGGGAAACUCAAUGGAAAGAACAGAAAUGAGGGAACUUGUUUGUCCGACACUGACUUUGAUUCAUCCAUGUCUUCUGGGUCUGUGGCGGAGGGUGGAGGGGCACCACAGAAAUUGCUUAUUUUGGAUGCAAGAUCAUACACUGCCGCUGUAGCCAACCGAGCGAAGGGUGGAGGUUGUGAGUGUGAAGAAUAUUAUCCAAACUGUGAAGUGAUGUUUAUGGGGAUGGCCAACAUUCACUCAAUCAGGAACAGCUUCCAUUCACUCCGAGCUGUCUGCAGUCAGAUGCCAGAUCCUGGAAAUUGGCUUUCAGCUCUGGAGAGCACCAAGUGGCUGCAGCACUUAUCUGUGAUGUUGAAGGCAGCUAUGCUGGUUGCAAAUGUGGUGGACAGGGAAGGGAGGCCAGUCCUUGUACACUGCUCUGAUGGAUGGGAUCGCACUCCACAGAUAGUCGCGCUGGCCAAGAUUUUGCUAGACCCUUAUUAUAGGACAAUUGAGGGAUUCCAGGUUCUGGUGGAAACAGAGUGGCUGGAUUUUGGUCAUAAGUUUGGUGACCGAUGUGGCCACUCUGAAAAUCUGGAUGACUUGAGUGAGCAAUGCCCAGUAUUUCUGCAGUGGCUGGACUGUGUUCAUCAGCUUUUGAAGCAGUUCCCUUGUCUCUUUGAGUUUAGUGAUGCUUUCCUAGUAAAACUGGUGCAACAUACAUAUUCGUGUCUCUAUGGAACAUUCUUGUGUAACAAUAGCAGAGAGCGAGAGGCACGCAACAUCUAUAAGCGCACAUGCUCAGUCUGGUCCCUGCUACGAAGUGGCAACAAAAACUUCCAAAAUUACCUGUACAUCCCCAGUGGUGAAACGGUUUUACACCCAGUGUGUCACGUUCGGGCACUUCACGUGUGGACAGCUGUGUAUCUGCCAAUUUCAUCCCCAUGUGUGCCAGCUGGCAGUGCUGACCUGUGCCUUUCCCGAAGUGGAGCAGCAGAGGAACGAACUGGAAAGUCAUUGGACAGAUUACCAAAAGCCCGCUCUGUGGACAAUCUUCCUUUGGCUUGUGACAGUGGGACUCCAUUGACAAGAACAUCCAGUGAUCCAAACAUAAACCAACAUUGUCAGGAAGGAUGUCUCACUCCGGAGUCUAAAAACAUGCCUAUGCUGGCUGCACCUGAUGGCCCUGAUGCAUCUGACGUUCCUGAAAGUGGGACUGGAGCACUACUCCCUGAACAAGAAGUAGUUAGCUUAAUAGAUCCAGUAGAAACAGCAGAGGAAGCUAGAGAGGAAAAUCUGUUCCGUAACUUUCCUGUCCCUCAAGAGGAGGAGGAGUUGGCUGAUAGCAGGAAUCCAAAUGAAAGGACAGAGUACUACAGAAACCUCAACCCAUUAACUCAUCCCAAAGACACUCAACAGCACGAAUCUUUACAUGAUCUCAGCAUUAAUGCAAUAGCAAAUAAGGAGACUGAGGAGAAAGCACUUAAGGUUACUGCAAAGGAUGAAGUAACUCUGGAUAAACCAAAAGAAUGUAGGAUUUCUGAAAAUUUUCCAGGUCAUUGUGAGCCAUUUACAUCCAACCCAUCUGCAAAGACCAUCGCAGCCAGUAGCCAGUCCUCAGGAAACGAGGCCAAUCCUUCUGCUUUACAACCCUACCUCCAUUCUGUGGCAGAUGUGCUUAAUCUCGAGAAGAACGUUUCAGCCAUGCACAGCUCCACAGAGACGGUGACUGAGGAGAGGGCAAAAGCAGAUGGUUUUUCUUUCCCCAAGGACUUGAGCUUUGGGAAGAAUGGUAUCCUGCUUGCAAAUGGACUUCAAAAUGAAGCAGAACAAUGUAGAUUUGGGAGAACAGCAAUAGAGAAUGUGAGGACUAUCAGAAAACACAUUUGUCAGAGUCAGUUCAGUGACUUCUCAUUAUUGGCUUCUAACUGGGACAGUGUACAGGGUUUGGUAAAAUCUGCCUAUGGCGGGGAGACAGGUCACCGGAAAGCCAAGCUGAAUGGUUGUCAUUAUAAAAGACUAAAUAAUAAGCAUCUGAGAGUGGGUUCUGCCAUGAGUGGACACUACUUGCUUAAAGAAGAACAAUUAGGAGCAUUUAAAAGUCUCCGACAAUCCCAUCAGAUCCAUUCCAGCCUUUAUUCGUUAGGAUCAAAUGUAAAGACUUGUGGUUUUUUCACUCACUCAUCUCAAUGGAAACAACUUCAACCAGUUGGACAGAUUGCUCCCACAACUUUAGAGAUGUCACCGAGCUAUGUAGAUGAUGAUGGGUUACCAUUUCCUGUGGAUGCUGUUCAACAAAGGUUACGACAGAUUGAGGCAACUUACAAGCAGGAGGUUGAGUUGCUUCGUCGACAGGUUCAUGAACUUCAGAUGCGACUAGAUAGUCGACAGUACUGUGCAUCCCCGGUGGAGUUGGAUAUUGACUAUGGGGAUGACUUUACCUGCUUGAGAGAGUCAGAUGACAGUGAUAUUGAAGAAUCUCUGUCCGUUCACAGUGACGAGCAGCGCUCGGAAGCAAGUUGGGAGCCUGUGGAUAGAAAGGAGACUGAGGUGACACGGUGGGUCCCUGACCACAUGGCAUCACAUUGUUUUAACUGUGACUCAGAAUUCUGGUUAGCCAAAAGGAGACACCAUUGCAGGAACUGUGGGAAUGUGUUUUGUGCCAACUGCUGCCACCUGAAACUACCCAUUCCAGAUCAACAGUUAUACGAUCCUGUCCUGGUUUGUAACUCCUGCUAUGAUCAGAUUCAAGCAUGCCGCACCCGGGAGAUCAUGAAUCAGCAACUGAAGAAGCCCAUUGCUACUGCAUCCAGUUAAAGUGGCACUCUGCCUUCCCCAACUUGUGCCGUGAAGCUUCUGUUAUCCUGGAAACUUGACACUUGAAGGUUAGCUGGGUUCCACAUAAAAAAGCAAAUCCCAGCUGGAGAGAGGUGUUUGAAAGAUUUUAAAGUACUGAUACAAAAAUGCUGCUACAACAAGCUUUUGACCUGUGCACUACGAACUUUGGGGUGGGUCGGGGGGGAAGGGGAGGUGGGGAGAGAGUAGGAAAAUAACCAAAAUGUUAAUUGAAAAGAAACAAAUUCAUCUCUAACUGAUGAGCUACUUAGAUUUGAAAAGAAUUUCUAUUCCUGUGUAAAGAGCUUCUGAGAUAUAAAAUGGAGACUAUGUGGUGACCUGUUUCUCAAUUGCUUGACCAGCCAUUACAAGAAUGAGCAGCUUCUGUGCCUCAGUAAAGAAUGUGAUAGAGGUAGAAUUGUGUAAAAUCUAUUUGUACAAUGCAAGCUAUAGACCUCUUAAUUCUAACUACUUUGCAACCUGCAUUAGAAGUUGUAAAGAGAAUGUUUGAGGAACUGUAGCAGUUGCUUGUUUAAUUGACACAAGCAACUUAAAUUUUAUUUCUUGAGUUCUUCUGAGAUGUGUGAUAUUGAUUCUGAAAUAUGCUUCUGAAAAAAGCAUUUCUCCAA